AUGUCUUGCCAGGUACCGAUGCUGCAGGCCCCGCACUUUACGUACGACGUCUUACCUUCGCAGUCUCGAUUGACGUCAGCGGUGGUGUCUGCUUACAACGAGGUGUCGGUUGCCGAUCGUGUCGUUCGGGCAUGUGCAUGGACGGACAACUCAGCCGACUUUGUCUUCGGCGAUGGCACGGUCCUUUCAUUUUGUGACGAAAUGCAAACAUUUGUCGCCUUUCCUCCUCUGGUGCCUGCACUUCGGGGGCCGCAGGGUGUACGUGGCAGCAGUGGCCACAUUGACGCUCGCAACAAGGGCGACAUGGACAUCGCGGACAGUGCAAGUGAGGGGGACUACUUCUUUACACCCCUCACUCUUUCCAAAUACGAAACCAAGGUGCGAGAGGCUCUGCACAUCUACAACUACUACUCCCCGCGACCACGCGUUGUCACGGGCCUCACCGCAACCCCCUGUGAAGUGUGGCGUCAGAGCAGCCCAAUUGACUCCCUUGUCAUUGCGGCAGAUCGAAACCUGUUUGAGCGUCACGGGUCUCGCGCGACCUUGUGGUGUGCGCUCCGUCGUGUCUCAUUAACGCUGCACGGGGGUCGUGUAACAUUUUCAGUACGUUGGCCUGCUAGGGCGGUAGAACGCAAUAUGGCGCGUUCCAUUUUUGUUCGCCCUGUGGAUAUGCAUGGUUUUUCAACAGGAAGCCUGGAAAGCGUGCGGUCAUUUCAUUAUGUGUGGGUGGAGCAAACGUUUCCCGUGCUGGACCCCCCGGAGCCGUGGGCGGAAAUGUUAGACAUCGCACUGCAGCUUGAUGCGGAUCCUGCAGCCAAGGGCGUGGUAGAAGGCGCGGACGGGGAUGCGUCUCGUGGAGAGGGUCAACAUGCAGACGAGUGCCGCAUGCUGUACCGCACGACACCUUGCACUGCGCAGAAUCGGCAACCCUGCCGCUUUUCAAAAAUGAAGCGGGAACACGUCGACUCACUCAUUGCCAUCUCGCAGAUGCAAAACGCAACAUGCAAUCGUCUUAUACGAGGCCCAAGCGAGCGUGUGGUGUGGCGCUACGACGCGGAUCCGAUGGGCCGUGUGCCACACGCCGUGUAUUGGUGUCUAUUUGUACGGAACGCAGCUACAGCGGCAGCCCAAUCCCCUGCCGUAGCCAAUAGUGGGGUGAGCGCGUCGCCUGCGGAGCGUUGGGUGCCACGUCCUGCCCCUGGCUCCGUGCUCGCAAUGGUGCGUGAGGACGAGAGUUCUGUUGUUGCUGAGCCUCAGGGUCAGAGUUACGUUGUUCAUCACUGGCGCCGUGACGGAACCUAUCAUCAGUACCACCAGAGUCCAGAUGGCGAACUUGGCCUUCCACCUGUCAUUCCACAGCGAUGCAAUGGAGGAACGGAGACGCAACCGGGUGAAGAGAGUGGAGAGACGAGGCACGGGGACAAUGUAGCCAAUAACAACAGCAGCAACAACCCUGCCUUGUCGGUGCUGGCGAGUGAAAAUACGGGGGGUAUGGUGACUUUAAGGAGUGCCACCGCACCACUGUACUUCAGUGGCGUUCUUGAAGAGGCGCCAUUGUCUGCGCUUCAUCGCGGUCGCUACCUCCCAGAGGUGGGGGCUUCGUGUAUUCAACUCUCCCAGCUAAAUUUUAAGUCACUACGGGCACAACAGCAGGAGACGCUUGGCAACAUUGCCUCUGUGGCUGCGGGUAUUCACGUUAUGGGAACAGCUGGUGUUAGCAUUGGGGGAGGCACCCUCGCUGCCAACGCAGAGGCGACGGCGUCCGCGGAAAGCGUCGAACAACGAAAUCAGAUGCGUUUUGUGUCGAACGACCCCGCCCUUGCCGUAGCCGCGGCGGAGGGCAACGUGGUGUUUCUGACAAGCUCUAUAGACGCUGUGGGAACCUUUGUGGCACUGACGAAUGGCACCAUCCGGUGCCAUUUUGACGACCGUACGAUUCUCUUUCUCAUCCCAGGCGUGGACGAUAGCGAGGAGAAAUUGGUGGCCACAUGUCUCUUCCGUGAUGCCACACAGUGUUCAAUGCGGCUCGUGAACUGUGCUCCGCACCAUCCGAUGUAUCGCUACGUGGCGCACGCACUACAAUUUCGCCGCUUUGCUCGCCUCUCUCCAGAGACGCGUACAGCCGUUGUGGAUGAGACAUCUGCGUUGAAGCUGCAGUACCUCAACGAAACAGAGUGGCAUAGGGAGCAAAAGAUGGAGUGGGAGCUGCAGCAACUGCUCAGUCGUACAGAGGCCCUUCUUUCAGGUAGUGAGGAACUGAGUCGGUUGAACUACUCGCUGCUUCACGAAAAGAAAGACGCCCCCUCAGCCUACUUUGCAUGA